UACAUCGAAAACUGAAGUGUCAAAUGCUUGCUCAAUUUUUCUUGUCGUUUUGUCAUUCAACUAGCUUCUGAUCACGAGCUAAACCCUCUACAAACAUGUUGGUGCAACACAUUCUUAAACAAGGGCUUUUGGUUAAAAAUGCUGGAGCUGUUUCACGUGCAGCCUACCACGGUGGUCACCAUCAAAAGACUACUUUGAAUGAUCUGCCUGUGCCUGAGGGCGAUUGGAAGGAGCACUACACACGCCAGAACACCAAAUACAAUGCUUGGUUGAUCACGGGUGUUCUUUUCUUGGCUGGCACUAUCGGCUUUGUCAAGACAACCGGAGUUAUUGAAUUCAACAACAAAGUACCAGUAUCGUUGGAUUGAGCAGACGUUAGGCUAAAUAACUAGAACCCAUUAAAAUAAGUCUCUAUAAUAACCGAUGAAGGCAUAGUCUUUGCUUAAGCAAAUGUUAUUACAUUUCAAUUGCGAAGAAAUAAAAGUCCAUGUGAGAUCUAGAGUUCUAUAU